ACUUUUUGAAUCUUGAACUUUAUUUCUCAAUCUCUGUACAAAAGCAUAAACGAUGGAUCGCCAAACAACAGCUGUUCGAGCAGAACAUCGAUUUGACAUUAAUAACCUGAAAAGAUACCUGUCAGGAAAACUUGACAGCUUUUCAGACACCGCUACAGUAAACGUACAGCAGUACAGAUCUGGCCAGUCCAACCCAACAUUUUACAUUGCGACUGCAAAUAAGAGUUAUGUAAUGAGAAAGAAACCUUCAGGGGAACUGCUACCUGGAGCUCAUAAGGUGGACAGAGAGUACAAUGUUCAAAAGGCUCUGCAUUCUGCUGGUUUUCCUGUUCCUCAUCCACUGCUGUAUUGCCCAGAUACAUCUGUCAUCGGUACAGAGUUCUACAUCAUGGAGCAUGUAGAGGGUCGUAUAUUCAGGGACCUGAGGCUUCCAGGGAUCAGUGUAGCAGAACGCGGUGCUCUUUAUGUGGCUGCAGUGGAGACACUAGCCAGGCUUCAUUCUCUUGCUGUCAGGACACUCGGUCUUCAGGGAUACGGGAAGGGGCCGGGCUAUUGUAGAAGACAGGUAUCCACAUGGACAAAACAGUACAAAGCCUCUGCCCACAAAAAGAUACCAGCUAUGGAUAAACUCUCUGAUUGGUUGAGCCACAACCUGCCAACCAGUGACGAUGAAGUGACCCUUGUUCAUGGUGAUUUUCGAAUUGACAAUCUGAUAUUCCACCCUACAGAGGCUCGCGUAAUGGCUGUCCUGGACUGGGAAUUGUCCACAACCGGACAGCCAAUAGCAGACUUGGCCUACUUUCUGAUGCCACACUAUUGGCCCAGUCGCUACAGAGUCAUCAGCUCAAUGGGCGGAGUCACGGGAGUAGACGGAAUUCCCUCUGCAACCGACCUGAUCUCCAUUUACUGCCAUUGUCGAGGGAUCCCAAAGUCUCUUCCUCAACAAAACUUCUUUGUUGCCAUGGCCAUUUUCAAAAUGGCUGCAAUUGCACAGGGAAUCUAUGCAAGGCAUUUGUUGGGCAAUGCAAGUUCUGCCAACGCAGCCGAGUUUGGAGAGAGCGUGGAGCCUUUAGCUGAGCUGGGUCUGCAGAUUGCUCUCAGCCCAACUCUAUCCAUGCCGUCCCCCGAUCAGCUGUUCCUACAGUCACCCAAUGGUCAGAGCGUCCUUCAGCACGUCAGAGAGUUCAUGAGAAAGCAUGUACUUCCUGCCCAACAGGAGGUAAAGAAAUAUUAUGCUAAACAUAAAGACAUGCCUGAGAGGUGGGACACACCUCCUGUUAUAGAGGAGCUGAAGGCAAAAGCCCGAGCCGUAGGCCUGUGGAAUCUCUUUCUUCCUUCAGAAAGCGGUCUCUCUCAGCUGGACUACGCACACAUCGCAGAGGAAACCGGACGUUGCUCUUACGCCUCCGAAAUCUUCAACUGCCAGGCUCCAGAUACUGGAAAUAUGGAGGUGCUUCAUCUGUUUGGCACAGAAGAGCAAAAGAAACUCUGGCUGGAGCCUUUACUGCGAGGAGAAAUACGCUCCUGUUUCUGUAUGACAGAGCCUGAUGUGGCCUCAAGUGAUGCCACAAACAUUGAGUGCACACUUCACAGGGAUCAUGACCAUUACAUCAUCAAUGGCAAAAAAUGGUGGAGCAGUGGUGCUGGUAACCCAAAGUGUGAGUUUGCCAUAGUGAUGUGCAAGAGCAAGAUACUGGAUUCAAAAAGUAAUAGGCACGGGCUGCACAGCAUGAUCAUAGUCCCUAUGAAUACACCAGGAGUGAAGAAGAUAAGACCGCUCACGGUUUUCGGACAGGACGAUGCGAUCCAUGGGGGCCAUUUUGAGGUUCAUUUUGACAAUGUGCGCGUUCCUGCCUCCAACAUUAUUCUUGGUGAGGGGAGGGGUUUUGAGAUAGCUCAGGGACGACUGGGGCCAGGAAGACUUCAUCACUGUAUGAGGGCAGUGGGAAUGGCAGAGUGGGCACUGGAGUUAAUAUGCCAACGGGCCGCCAAUAGGCACACUUUUGGAAAGGCACUGUAUCGACAUGAGGUUGUAGCUCAUUGGGUAGCUGAGUGUCGAAUCGCCAUUGCGCAGGCGCGUCUGCUUACACUACAUGCUGCUCACACAGUGGACACACAGGGCAACAAGGCUGCAAGAAAACAGAUUGCCAUGAUUAAGGUGGUAGCUGGCAGGAUGGCGUGUAAAGUGGUGGACUGUGCUAUUCAGGUGUACGGCGCUGCGGGGGUGUCUGAUGACUUUCCCCUCGCAGAAAUGUAUGCAUAUGCACGAACUUUACGCAUUGCAGAUGGUCCCGAUGAAGUUCAUUUAUCAUCUAUUGCUCUACUGGAGCUCAGAGACCAACUGAAACGAGCUAAACUCUAAACUUAAAUAUCACAACCCCUCUAUUUCCUGUAAACAUGUCUAAAACCAACUGUUAGAUGUGCUCAAAAAUAAAUGACAGGACCAAUGAAUCAAUGCCGAGGAAUUUCAAUCUGAUCAGUAUAAAAUAGAUGCAUUAUGGGAGAGCACAAUUAUUUAGGGAUGCAAACUACUCACCUUUUAGCUAAAUUCAUCUUUUUUAAGCUAAUUAUUAAACAUGAAAAUAAUUUUAACUCAUUCCCCGCCCGCCAUUUUUGAAAAGUUGCCCGUCGGCAUUUUAUGUGAUUUUCACAAAAGUUUCACAAAAUGCCUUUCAGGAAAAUGUUCUUCUAAAAAUAUAUAAACAUACAAAUAUAUCAAAUGAAAGAACAGACCCUCUGCUUUCAAAUAAACAAACAAUAAACAAACAAACAAAACUGGCAAAAAAAAUUCAUCCUAUCUAUAUUUUUUUUCUGCUUAUAAACUUUUUAAUAUGGGCAUUUUUCUUUAAAAUACAUUUUUUUUGCAAAAAGCUGAAAUAAUUGCAUUUUUUUAAAAGAAAUGUUGUUAGAGAUCAGAUUAAGGAUAAUCAAAACAUGCAUAGAGUUUAAAAUUAGUAACGUUUUGGCUUCAUUUUUUCCAUAAAUUGGGAUAAUCUCGGUAUUGCAGAUUAACACAAAAAUCUUCAGAAACACGUUUUUAAUGCAAAUGUAACUCGUCAAUGGUGGGGAAAGAGUUAAAUACUUUUUUAAAAGCAUUAUAAUGAUUACAAAGCUUUAAUGUGUAAAAAACCUUCAAAUUAAAACCCAACAGGAACAUCUGUCAUUUCUAGUAUAAAUCAAUUAUUAACCUAAAAUGUUUCUUUACUGCCUAACAGAUGAAAUAUUGCUUACAAAACUAUGCACUGUUAUAUAUGUUCAUGUACAUAGAUUGAUUUGUAUGUUUUUGCUAUAUUUUGAUUCUGGAGUGCGUAAGUGCUUGUCAACGGUAAUACAAAACAUUGUAGAGAACAUUUAACAGUAAUAAAACUGUCAUACAUUUA